AUGAACUAUCAGGACAGCAACAAGCGAUUCAAAGCAGCCAAUGGCGCGCCGGUACCCAUCAAAAGCCCAGCAGCAAACUUGCCGGCAUAUCAACCACCAGCACCUGUAAGCGUGGGAGGACGCGCCAGCAGCAGCGGCAGCACAGCCAAUCUUUCGGCCUCCGUCGACCGCUCCAGCAACGGUGCUAAGCCAGGAUUACGUUUGACCGUCAAGGCACCACCAAGCAAACUCCGCCAAGCCACGUCUAGCUCGCAACAAGCUCCCAUACCACCCAAUCCAUAUGCGGACGGGCUCAGCGAAAGUGAUGCCACACCUGCGCCUGCCACAAGAACAGCCAGGAGUACCAGGAACCCAAAGGCAGUCAUCGAGCCAGAGAGCGAGGACAACGACGAAGAUGCCGAAGACGAGGAGGAUGACGUGGAGGUGGAGGACGACAUCGAUCAGGAACUGCUAGCAAAUGAGGACGAUGACGAGGACGAGGACGUCGACGCUGAGGGAGACGAGGACGAGGAAAUGGAAGAUCACCCUCCGCCACCCGUGAUCAAGCAAGUCAUGGCUCAGAACGGCAGACCGAAUGUCACAGUCACGGCACCUUCAGAAGGCCCGCUGAAAUCAGUUGAAGCCAAAGAAAUGGAUGACGACGAAGACGAGGAGCUUUCUGAACUCGAAGAAGGCGACGUGAACGAGCUCGAAGGUGAUGGUGAUGAAGAUGACGAGGAAGACGAUAGCGGUGAUAGUGAUGACGAUUCAAGAAGUGCCACUCCAGAUCUCACCAAGCUUACCCGACGCCAACGUGGUCGCUACGAGGAAACAGACGCCAGUCUUAUGGCUUUGAGUAAUGAAGCGCUGAAGAAGAAGCAUUUAACUGCCGAGGAACAUGCUAUGAGGCGUGCCGAGAUGGCAAGACGGAGGAAGAAUUUGUCCGAGAAGAGGAACGAAGAGGAAAAGGCGGAUACAAUCAACAAACUUCUCUCGAAGCCAGCCCCGAAACGCCGUACCAGGGCCGAGAUCAUCGCGGCGCAACAUGCGGAGGCUAUGGGUACGCCAGGAGCUGAGAAUGGCGAGUAUGAGAGGCCAGACCCGCUGUUCACAAGGUAUGUGCAGGAUAGGAGUGGGGCAAGGCUCGGUGUGCCUGAAGAGUGGCUAGAAGCACCAGUCGGGCAGAUCUUCAGGAGACUUGGGGGAGGCAAGAUGGUUGAGGAGGUGGCUUGA